AUGAACACUGAAUGCCUAUUGCCAUAUUACACCGCCCAGAGUGGCUCUGCGGUAGGCAUGUUCAAUACCACCAUGGGGAAACUGCAGCGACAGCUGUACAAAGGAGAGUAUGAUAUAUUCAAGUACGCACCAAUAUUUGAGAGUGACUUUAUCCAGAUCACCAAAAGGGGAGAAGUGAUUGAUGUGCACAACCGUGUCCGAAUGGUUACCGUUGGCAUCGCAUGCACCAGCCCCAGCCUCCCACUCCCUGACGUCAUGCUGCUGGCCCGACCAGCCACCAAUUGUGAUGAGUAUGCUGGACGUGGCCAGGCCACCAAGGGAAGCCGCCGCAAGGCUACAAAGGCCUUAGAGCUCACCAGGCUCCUUCCCUUGAAGUUCGUAAGGAUCUCUGUUCACGACCGUGAGAAACAACAGCUGCGCCUAAAGUUUGCCACUGGCCGUUCUUGCUACCUGCAGCUAUGUCCACCUCUAGAUGCACGGACUGACCUCUUCGCCUAUUGGGAAAAACUAAUUUACCUCCUGCGACCACCCAUGGACAGUAACAGCAGCACCUAUGCCAUUCCCGCCGAGGGCAUGUCCAUGCCUGUGCUCGAAGAGGACAGGUCGAGCCUGGGAGGCGCAGAUUUGCAAGGAAAGGGGGACCAGGACCAGGUCAGCGUCAGGAGCCUCCACAUGGUUUCUGACGUGUGCGGGGCCACCUCUGCCGCUUAUGCUGGAGGGGAGGGGGUCCAACAUGACUCUCACAAACCCACCAGUGUGUCCAACGUAUCCAUCUCCAAAACAAAAUCUGCAGAGCUUGCCAAAAAGUCAUCAACAAGGGUAACCAGAGAGACAGCAGCUGCUGGGACAGUUGGAGCCACUGUAAGUACUUCGAGUAUCCCAGUGACCAAGUCUGUGAGCCCUGGAGAUGUGAGGUCCACAGCAGGAGAGGCCACCCCAGAUGCAGAAGGAAGCAGCAGCGUAGCCAUUGCAGGCUCUCCCAGCAGGUCUUCAGAGAACAUCAACAUGGCCAUGGUCGGGGCUGCCAGCAAGUCCUCAGAGAAUGUUUCUGGUAUAUCCAGUAACCUCCCCGCAGAGGGCAUCAUGAGUGUGACGAUUGCUGAAAUAGAAUCUACCAGCAAGAUUGCUGUAGAAGUAGAAAACAGUCCAGCUGCAGGACCUUCCACCUCAACCUUGCUGAGAGAACGCAGUGAAAGUGGCACACACGGCAGGCAGCGGUCCCAGGCCAGUAUAGAAGGCCGCAAGGAACGGAGGGAGAGAAGGGAGAGAAGGGAGAAGGACAGAGCGCUCGGCGGUAGGAGUACCCAUCACCGCAGGACAGGGGAGAGUCGCCGCAAGACGAGCAGUGACAAGAUAGCCCGAAAAUCCCCCAGCCAUUCUUCAUCCAGCCACCGAGCCAGCAGAGAGGACAGAAAGGACAAAGGCCAUAGCAGCUCGCACAAAGGUGUCAGCCACACACCCAUCACCAAGGAUUCAAGGACCUCUCACAAAUCUGGAAGGAGCUUAUCAACCGCUAGUUCGGGCUCCAGCAAGAGACUCAGCAGGAUCAGCUCUUUCUUGAGGAAUGUCAGAGCCAACCUUACUACAAAAGCUGGAGGCUCACCACGUGGCAGAGACGUGGGCAUUGUGGCGAAGACAGUGGAGAGGAACACCAUGGAGGCCAUUGUGGAGGCGGGGGAGAGUGGCCAGGACCUGGAGGUGGUCAGCUCUGUGACAUCCGAGAUCAUGGAGACAGUGACCUUCACAGCCCAUAAAUAG